AUGCCGGAGCGCCGUGGAGGAGCACGGAGGUCUGAAGAGAGGGCAGCUAAGAGAGAAGCCAUCAGAGCACAUCCAGACUUUCACCUGCAGAGCCAGUCAUUAUGCGCGCAGAGGAGAAGAAAGUACCUUCCUGUUGAUCUGAACGUUAGGAAGAUGCAUAGUUCCACAGUCAGAAUGAGCAAUCUAGUGCAACCUAAAUCUGCCAUUGGACAGACUUCGGAGUUGUGCGUCAUCGUGGUCGUGGUGCAGGUCAGAGAAAAGAAGACGUCCAUCUUUACACAUGGUUAG